AUGCAUCAUGUUGACAAGGAUGGACAGGACAAAAAUAUGGUGACUGAAAUUGUCAUUGAAGAAGACAACUCAGAAGGGAGUGAAAAGAGUGACUAUAAAGAUUCAGAAAUAUGGACGAUGACACCUCAGCAAUCCGCUGACUUAAAGGCGCUUCAUGAAUCUAUUCAGCUUGGUACUGCUGGUAUAGAAGAGGAGGAAACGGAAAAUCAGAGAAAUAAUGAACAUAUCACGGAUAAUACCCAUACGGCAGAGACCAUAUCCUCUGUUCAAUCACAGCCAGCAUCUUUUUCUAUAUCAACACAGACCUCAACAGCAACAGCGACAACAACAACAACAACAAACAUUGAAGAUACACGACCGGCUGUUGGUACUGAAGAGUGGCAUCGUAGGCGUCGUGAGAGUCACAAAUUGGUAGAACGUAAGCGGCGUGAGGCGAUUAAUGAAGGGAUCAAUGAGAUUGCACGUAUUGUGCCAGGCUGUGAGAAGAAUAAAGGAUCAAUCCUUACUAGAGCCGCAACCUACAUCAAACAGCUAAAGGAUGAACAAGUGUCAUUAAUGGAAAAGGCAUCACUUGAGAAGCUCUUAUCAGAACAGGCCAUCACUCAUCUGAAGCAGCAAUUGGCCACCGUAAAAGAGCAGAUGGAAAAAUUAUCACAAGAAUCACAGAGCUUAAAGAAUGAACUCGAAUCAACAAGAUCUGAAAACAGUUACCUCAAAAGACGACUGGAGGCUGUUGAAGCUCGUGAGGAUUCAAGGUCACCAGGCCCUUCCGUCAAAAAAUUAAAGACCGAAGAUGGCAGUGACGAAGAAAAAUGA